GCUAUACCCAGCCCCCUCCUGCUUGCGAAUCCGACUUGCGAUGUGACUUGCAGCUUCCCGCGAUCCAUUCAAGUCUAUGCGCUACUGUUAACCAAGCUCAUUCAUUGAUCGCGAUGUCUUUUUACUCCCAGGAUGCUCGCCGCCGGCGGGUCGGAGCCGGAGCCGGCUUCAGCGCCACUGGUAGACGAACCGUCCUGGGAUACUGGGUGCCUCUCGCCGUCACUGUAGGCAUCGCAACAAUCAGUAUAGCGGCCUGGGUUUGGAGCGAGCGCAGCGAUGACGAUGACGAUAAAGACCGCGACGCCCCCCGAGACGAUGAAAGCUUCCCCGCUCCCGGUCCUGGCGCGGAGGAAUACCCUCGCGGCGAAUAUGCGGACGAGUAUGCCCAAACGACAGCAACAGAUAUACAUGGCAAUAUCUCAGAUGAUGCUAGCAUGAUGGCGCGCAUGCAGGGAGCUCUGCGCCGCACCCCCAGCCCUCAACAGAUCUUCGAUGGUGCUAGUAAAAGAGUCGCUGCGGGCAUGGCUGCUGCGGGAGCUUUCAUGGGUGGUGCGCUGACAUCGAUCCGAGAGGAGGAUAAGGGUGACUUUGAGGACCAUUCUCGCUGGUCGGAGGAGAUGGAAUCGAGAGCUCAUCGGGCGGAGCAGCCGGCGCCAACGAUGACCGGGGCGUUGCCCAGUCGCGACAUUGUCGGGGGCCCAACACCUGCUGGUAAGAAGAAGACCGUCGCAAUUGUUGUCUCCUCGGAGUCAAUGCAAGUCGACCCUGAUGAGAUCGUCUCUCACCAUGUAUCUAUCCUUUCUCACCUUCCCGAACAUGUCAACCUCGAUACAGCCAGGGUAUUCGUCAUGAUCUACGCGCCGGGACUGAAGCAUGUUCCUACCCAGGGCGGCUCAUCCCACCCCACCUUGUCUGUUACCUCGUCCUAUUCCAAUAUUGCUCCCGAAGAAGCUGUGGCUUCUGGUGAACUGCCUGGUGAAGAGUCGGCCACGGAAUCUCGCCAGGUGGAUGAACCGGAGGGCUCAACACCACUAUUUAAGACAAUGUAUACACAGGCUCAAGCACUUGUCGAGAAAGAGAACACAAUCAUGCCCUUCAGCACCGUGACAGGGUACGUGCAUCUGGUUCGUCACCUUUCUCCGGACACGGUCUAUGUCCAGGAGUCCUUGGCCGGGCGCGAAGGGGAGUCUGUACAGCUUAUCUCCGGCUGGGUCCGACAGGUGGUGGUUGUAGUCGGGGGUGAAGGUGGUCGCGGGGGCUUGGUUGACAGUGAUGACGAGUCGGCACUUGCAGACAAGGGCGAGAGAUGGUGGCAGAAGGAGGGCACUACUGGCAUCGGCAAGCGGAUUGAUGUGGUGGACGUCCACCGGAUUGGCGAUGAUUGGCGACGACGGGUAUCGGGACUCGACUAGCGUUCUCACUCACCCAUUCGACGUUUCUACGACGCCUAUGUUUACUUCCUUGGCCUCUUCCUCUGCUAUCAUGAUGAUUGUGUUGUUUUUGUUCUUUGAUUCCCCUGUCUUGAUGAGAUGAAGAGUGACUUCCCUAGAUGGUUUUACGCCUGUGUGAAUAUUGAUGGCAUGCCAACCGCCAGGAUGGAAUUGUCUUUUGUGGAAGACGUGUGUGAAUGACAUGAACGCCUGGACAUAAAGCGUGAAGUACAUAAUGAAAUCGUAGC